AUGUCUUUCUCAACUCUCAACCAUCAGCCUCUCGCAAUCGCCGGUCCCGUCACUCCAACCGUCGAUCUCACCAAAUACACAUCCGCUUUUACAAAACCAGAGUUCGAUUCGAAAUCACGCUGCUGGAAGGCCGCCCUUCGGGACGGCUUGCCCACCCCUCCAAACGACAUGAACGGCAUUGUUUACAAUGCCAUUCCGUCGACAAUCCACGGAGGUCCAGCGCGUGGCCUACCCCCGACCCAUGUUUACAACCCUCUGCGGCCCUCUCACGAUGCGGGGGUGACCUCCUCCAAAGCUCGCGUGAAUCCUCAAUAUGCGUCAACGCGCGCAUAUCUCCCCAUUGCAAAUGCGGCCUCCGCUACCGAGCCGGUGGGCGAGAAGAGGCCCUCGGUUACGGGCACGAACUUUGCCCUUCGCAUCCCGUCAACGAUCAACAACAGCAAAGGGAACUUGGCUGAAUUUGCGGCUCAAAUGACAUGUCUCUUCUGGUUCGAACAGACCGCAAAAUUAAAGGACAUUGAACAACGUCGCCCAACGUCGCCCAAUCUCGUUCCCGAAGCGGUCCCUACCAUUGGAUUUCAGAAAUGGGUUGCCUCGAUUCUCUCCACCACCCAAGUCAGUCAAAAUGUGAUCUUGCUUGCCUUGCUCUUCAUCUACCGCCUCAAGAAGUUCAAUUCGGGGGUCAAGGGUAAGAAGGGCAGUGAAUUCCGCUUGAUGACGGUUGCCUUGAUGCUGGGCAACAAAUUCCUCGACGAUAACACUUACACCAACAAGACAUGGGCCGAGGUCUCCGGCAUCGCUGUGCAAGAGAUUCACAUCAUGGAGGUGGAAUUCUUGAGCAACAUUCGUUACGAUCUGUUGACUUCGGAAGCGCAGUGGUCGGAAUGGCAUGCGAAGUUGGGGCUGUUUGCCGCGUAUUUCGACUCCGCUUCCAAGGUCUCCGCCGCCGGCCGUGAGAAUACCCUGGACAUGCGCAUCUCUCCACCUCGUCUACACGCACCUCUUCCUUCGUCUAAAUUGCCAUCUCCUCCAUUGGACCACUACCGCCCCCAGUCACAACCUCAGCCGCGCAUCAUGACCCCUCUGAGUGGGCUGCCGUACACUGGCUAUCUGCCACCAAGUGAUGUCGCCGCCAGUGCGUCCUCAAAACGGAGCUACGACGGAAGCGAUGACCUGCAUCCUGCCAAGCGCAUCGCCCACUCUUCAGCCCACUUGCCUUCUUCUGCCUUGCCCACCCCCAGCGUCGUCUCUACACUGCCACCAGUGUUGACGCCGACAUCCGUUCCGACUGCACACACGUUCACCCCGGCGCACAUGGGUCGUCUCCCGAUGCCCAGCUUUCCCCCGGGCUCGAACCCGCUCCCUCAUGCCCUACCAAUGGCCACUAUCUCUCAGCUACCCGCGCCAACACUGAUCCAUGCUGCCUAUCCUCCGGCUUCCAGCUGGGCUCAACAGACCACGGCGACCCCGAUGCCUACGUCCGUAGCUCCGCCAGUCUACAGCGUCCCACCUGUUUCCGACAUGAGCCGUCAUCCUCAGAGCUCCUUUGGAGCCUCGUCUGCCGCAGUCUCCCCCGCUGGAUCUGCCUACUCUAUCCCCACCCCCCAGAAGCACCUGUCUCCCUCCUAUUUCCUUGCCAACCGCAAUUCUCCCUAUCGCCCUGUUCGUUCAGUACACACACUUCUGAUCCCUCCACCCACGGCAUCCAUGAUGCAUCAACGGAGUAUACCAUUCGACCACAUGCAUUAUCAGCCUCUUGGAAAAUCUCAGGCCGAUCGCAAGACAGGGCAACUUCCUUACAUUUACCCUGAGGGCUGGAAUCAGCCCCAAUAUCAGCCUCCGUUCCCCCCAAGUCAAUUCUCCGGUUAA